ACAUAUGUGAAGCUCCGGGAGUUCUCGCUUGAUAAAACGAUCUGUUUUUUGUACAAUCGUUUUGAAUUUGCAACGACAGUUUACCACGUUUCUCCACGAUGGCAAAGCCGGUUGUGGUGAUGAAAAUCGUGCAUGCAGUCGUCUUUGGUCUUGUUCUUCAGAGUUGCAGUACAGAAGCUGAACUUCACAAGCAAGUCACUGUUGACUGUGAUUUCGACCAAAUGUUAGUUCACAUAGAAAAAUCCCUGAUACCAGAGUUUAAAAUGAGUGACGUGCGCUUAUUAGAUCCUAACUGUCAGCCAACAAAAUUCGAGAACAGCAGUCACAUGACCAUUUCUGCACCGUUGAUUGGCUGUGGUACCACGUUAGAGCAUACGAAAGACAGUCUAAUUUACAGAAAUAUGGUCAAGGAUGUUCGGGUGACUCAGUCUGUUAUCAGCCGAUUACAGGACUUAGAGAUUCCAUUUGAGUGUACUUAUCCAAACCAGGCUGAAGCCUCAUUGAUUCAGAUGAACAUCACAAACACCAAAGUCAUUUUUCUGGCACCUGACGAUGGUUCUGGAAUGUUUGAUCUGGAUCUGAAUAUUUAUAAGAGCGUAGACUAUGAUGAAGAGUACAGUAGUUUUCCACUGGCGGUUACACUGCAACAGCGACUUUACUUACAAGUAUCAGUAGACACGCCUGACACGCGGUUGGGUAUCGUCGCAGACACGUGCUACGCCACGCCUAUAAACAGUAUUUCUAAGAAAAUCAAGUAUGACAUCAUCGUUGACGGGUGUCCAAAAGACGAGACCGUGAGAUUUCACAGCGGCCCUCCCACCACGCAACGUUUUAGCAUAGAAGCUUUUAAGUUCAUGAAUGGCCAAGUCGUGCCGUACGUUUACAUUCACUGUGAAGUCGUCCUAUGUAACCUGACAGAUGGCAAGCCCAGCUGCAUGCAGAAAUGUGACCCUCAUGUGAAUACUAGACUGAGGAGGGAGGUCAAUACAGAUUAUUACGACCUGGAGAAAGGGCCAAUAAUAAUUCUAAGGGAUCCUGAGGAUAAUUUUGAACCAGAGAAUGCGGAAGAAUUUCGAGAAAAUCAAGAUCAUGGAUCGAAAAACAUGACCAAAUGGUUGUUCGUUGUCAUGGGAUGCGUCUGUGCAAUGUGCUUUGGAGCUGUACUCCACACCAUGAAAGAAGUUAAACGAGCGAAGUAAAUAAAAGUUAAAAGUUUUAAAAGCGUUUACCUUAAAUUACUCAAUAAUGAAUGGAGAACAUGUUAAAGAAGAAGAGCACUGAAUGAAUAUACUUUUCAACAUACGAUGGGCCGUUGAGCUGGAGAAGCAAUUUCAGUUAACAUUUGAUCGAUAUAAAUGAUACACGAACUUCUGCCCGGAUUGUUCCAGCUGGAUGUGGAGAUAUGCUUUUUUCCUGUCAAGUUUACAUAUAAAAAUAUAUAUUCUCAUGCUGUAGCGGGAGCGUUUAGAAAACUCAGGCCAAGUAGUGUAACAUGUACUGAAAACGAUCACUUUUCUCAAACGUCUGACGCCAGAUGAUUACGUGAUCUCUGGCUCAGCGCGGGCUAAGGUCACUUUCCCCAGAGCUAAGGCAAAACAUUUACUUCAACUUUGAUCGCACUUUAGU